AUGUCAUUUCUUAGUUACUUUUGCACCUUUUCAAUAAUUCGUUGUACUCUCAAUAUUUGCACGGUCUCGAGUUUAGACCAUUUAGACGGCGGUGUCUUUUCUGAAGUGACCGUCCGGUCCAUCCAACUUUUUUCGGUGGCUCCCAAAUCACAGUUUCUUAUUGUAAUUUUCUUUUUUUUCACCCUAACCCGUAAUUUCUUGAUUCCUCGAUUUUGUUUCACUUUACCGUCUACGCGCACAACUCCCUCUGUUGUUGUACCCACUUCUCGUCGUCAUUGGUACCGAUCGUUUACAGCACUUUUGUGUACUACGAACCACGAGGAUGAUGCUGUCAGGCGUGAACAGAUACAGACAACUAGAGCCGAUCACUUCUUUACCUUGUCAGACGCAGCCUGUAUAGGAGGCGAACCCCACCAACCAAUUUAUCCGACUCCGUCUAUCGAACCGCUUGAUGCAACCGUCUACACCGCCUCGAACGGUUCGCCUAUUCACCGUCUUCCUGCCGCCUCUGUCUGGAGCCCACCAUCGGUGGAUGCCCAACACUCUCUAUUUGAAGCAACUACUUCCGGUAGCCAAGCGCCUAAGCCUCGUGUUCGCCGAUCUCGAGCUUUGAAAGUGGACAGUCGAGUUGGUGAGACAGACAAUGUCUUAAAACGCCUUCCCACGAGACAGGACGUUGGCAGUGAAUGCCAUCUUCAUAUGCUAUCUCCAGCUCUCGAUACUCCAAGUCCUCGGCCCCAUUCGGCGCAUCGGCCAUGGACGAAAUUCCGUCUUUUGCAAAGAAGCCGCCAGCACAAUCCUUCCCAUUCCCAACGGAUGGAUGAACAUUAUCAAAGUGGUCCAGACGAUCCGAUUCUCCGGGUCCCCACGACAACCAGGAUGCUUGCACAAAAGACCCAGCAGCCUGGCGGAGUGGGAGACAUUUGGCGAGAGGCAGCACCAGUUGACGAGUACUUGACGACAAAGGGCUGCCGGGUUGGUGAAACUCGACUGGCUGCCUGUUUCGGUGAUUGCAUCUCUUCCAUCGGCCUGUCCGGCCAGCCGACAGGCUCUUCUCGACUCAAUUUGCCCGUCACUUUGAUGAUUCCCGAUACCGAGUCUCCGUCCCUAGCCUCUAUACUGUCGACCUCUCCGUUGAACCUGCGAGCACCAAGUGAACCUGGCCUUCUCUCUGGCCACCAACAACAUUGGCUUUCGCCGGCCGGCCAGCCGUGCUCUUCUCCAAAUUGGUCUCUUGAAAACGCCGCGAUCCUGGCUGUAACCAGGACUACCGAAAUUGGCGAUCUGUUGGGCGAGUUCGUCUGUCUACAGCCGAACCGCACAACUUCACACUGGCACGACACUCACCUUCUACGGCUUGGGGUUGUACCGCCUAUUCGAACCAAAACGGUCGGCCAUUCGAGUUGCCACAACACACCAUUUGCCGGAAUGCAACUUGGCCAGCAGCUUUUGCCUGCAAGCGUUAAUCCCACCCAGUCAUCCAACAACCAACCGAUUGCCGACUACACCGCACCAUCUGACCGUCUUGAAGGCUCUGUCGCGUGUGAAUCUGCUCGCCAAUUUGCCGGCCUCCGAGAAUUGGUAUCAUCUACAAAUGCAAAACUGGACGGUGGCGAUCAUGAAGCAACCGACAGUCUCGAGUUUGCCUCCCACAUCAGCAUGGUCCGACCCCGGCCAAUGGGAGCAAGUCUUUCUGGCUCGUUGCUGUCAUUGGCACCCUCAAGACAACACCAUCAGCAACAUCAUCAGCAACAGCGUCAGCAUCACCAGCCUCCGCCUGGCGCUCAGCCGGGCCUACAGGCCUUCACGACUCAUACAGGCAAAUCCAGACCGUCGACAAGAGCUCGAGCCCCUUGCGGCUUUACCACUUACCCAUCGUUUACGUCGAAUACCGACGUCAAUGCCAGUCUCAGCAUAGCAUCUUCUGGCUCAAGUCCAACAAUCGGUCGCAUAACUGCCUCAGAGGGGGGCGGCAAUCACAGCCUUCCUCCUGUUGCCCCGUUGGUUGACUUGCCACUUUUGGCCAGCUUGACAACAGAAUCUGUUCACUCUCAGCCGGUACAGAGCGUUUCUUCCGGCUCCUUGCCACGGAAGCUUCUCUCGGCCAGCCAACUUGCCUUGCAUCGAUACCAGAGGGUCACUUUUGACUCACACCCCAUUUCAACAGCCAACAAUGCUCAACUCCAACCGGACUACGACUUGAAAAUGCCUCCAGUAGCCAAACCGCGCGGGUUCAGUCUCACUAGUCGUAAAUGA